UGGAAAAUACCCUUUGCCCCCACGACAAUGUUAUUUGAGGAGGACUUGUGAUACAAAACAUAAUAUUCUUUGAAGAUUUUACUUUUUAUGAGCUGUUCAUAUUUAUUCUACAAUCGGAAAAGAUAAACUUUUACCAUAAAGAUGUUGAUAAGGUUGUCCAAAAUGAUACCAUUGAUGUGGCGCAUCAGACGCCCGAUGCUGGUCGUUCUACUGUUGAUGUGCAUCAGCCCAAUCAUCUUCAUCAGUAUAGACCAAGCCACAGGGGUGCUCAAGGAUGCACGUGACACUAAAAAACACGGUAAAAGACAUAAAGUAAAGGACAAACCCCUCUUUAAUUUGAACAAGGAUGUGAACUUAAAUAUGGAUAAAGGUUGCAAGAUUCCACAUUUGGAUCCAUUUUUAGCAGGAAUGGAAAAUAAUAUCGCAAAACCACAGUACAAAUGUAAAGGCUUUGAUUGGGUUAAAUGUCAUAAAUCAGAAUGCCGUCUCGUAAAAGAUGUUCUGAAAAAUGUAAGAGACGUGACCUGUGACUACAGUAACAUAAACUAUGUUAACCAUAGAAACUAUUACUAUAGUUAUCUUAAAAGUGUGACUGGAGAUGAGCCGGCGACUCUGGAUAAAAGUGAUCAUGUUAAAAUAGAGUGUACGGGCAGAGAUCUACAUUUUCCUAAUGUAAGUGUCCAUUGGAGAGGUGUGAAGACUGGCUUUCGGAAUAUAUCGUUGGAGCCAGACGAUAAGCACUCGUACAACGUAGUAAUUCUCUGCUUAGAAUCCGUCUCUCACAGCGGAUUUAUAAGAAAUAUGAAGAAAAGUUACAAAUAUAUCACUGAAAAGAUGAAAGCUACGAUUUUGAAUGGUUACAAUAUUGCCAGCGAUGGUACAACUGGAACUCUUUAUCCUCUACUAACAGGCAAAACCGAGUUUGACUUAAAAGAUCCAAAUGAAGUGGGAACAUCACGUGACAAUCCCAACGAUUUUAUUUUUAACCUGCUGAAAGCGCAUGGGUACCGAACAGCAUAUUUCGAUGAUACGGGCUUAGUAACAACACCUUACCAAUUUAAGUUUGCGAGCCCUCCAGCUGACCAUUACCUCCGUCCGUAUUCCUUGGCCCGCCGCAAUGGGAAACCACAACGUUCUCUCUCCCAUCACUGCAUAGAAUCUGUACCUCAAUACCAGAUGCUGAUGCAUUUAGUUGAAGACUGCCUACAGCUAGAAGGAAAGAAGUUUAUAUUCAGCGUAAUAGAUGACUUAUCGUAUGCAAACUACACGUUUAUUCCAUCAGCUGAUGAUAGUUUGCUAGAUUUUCUUAAGACGAUGACGGCACGAAAAGUGUUAGAAGACACUUUGUUGAUUGUUACGGGAGACCAUGGACCUAGAUACUCGCCAGGCAGGAGCUCUCAUCAGGGUAUGUUAGAAGAAAGACUUCCCUUCAUGGCUUUGAUGCUGCCUCAAAAACUAGUAAAAGCUAAACCAUCGGCUUUGAAGGCUUUAGUGAGCAACAAGGAUGUCUUGACAACACCUUUUGAUAUUUACACAACGAUGUUAGACGUACUAGGAUUCGAGGAAGAAGGACCGCCAAUUGGAAUGCCAGGGUUUAACAUGCCAAGAGCAUUGACCCUGUUGACACCAAUACCAAAGACCCGUACGUGUGGAGAGGCUGGUAUCAUGCCACAUUGGUGCACGUGCGGGACUUGGACCAACGUGUCCAAAACGAACCCAUUCUACCAUCAAGUUGCUAAUAAUCUUGCAGAGUUCAUAAACAGCUUGAGCGAUGAGGAACGAUUUCAAUGUUUACAAAGAACUCUAAAAACUACGGAAUGGGUCGUGCAUCAGACUGCCGAAGAUUAUCAAUCCAAACUGUACAAUUAUUUUCUUAAACAGCAGUUGUCUAUUAAUCAAGCGCAUUCUGGCGAUAUAACGUCUCUCGAUGACUAUUAUCAACUUAGGAUUGUAAUGGAACCUGGCCACGCCAUAUACGAAGGCACUAUGAUCUAUGUUCCUGCGAAAGAUUUCUUUAUGAUAACCGAGAGGGAUGUAUCCAGAGUUAACGCAUACGGUGAUGAGUCAAGUUGCAUCAGUGAAACUCAUCCCCACUUAAGUAAAUAUUGCUAUUGCAACAAUACUGCUCAUUUUAUUCUUCAUAAAAAAUAUAAACCUAAAAUCAGUGAUGAUUUGUUCAGAUUUAGUUUUUUGUGA